AUGUAUUCAAUGCAUUGGACCAUGGAAAAUAGAAACAAUGUCACUGUGUUUAUUCUCCUGGGACUCUCUCAAGACAGGAAUGUUGAAGUGCUCUGUUUUGUAUUCACUUUGUUCUGCUACCUUUCUAUUUGGAUGGGAAAUGUGCUCAUAAUGAUUUCCAUCACAUGCUCUCAGCUGAUUGACCAGCCCAUGUAUUUCUUCCUCAAUUACCUCUCACUCUCUGACCUUUGCUACACAUCCACAGUGACCCCUAAACUGAUGACUGACUUACUGGCCGAGAGGAAGACCAUUUCCUACACUAACUGCAUGGUACAACUAUUUAUCAUUCACUUCCUUGGCGGCAUUGAGAUCUUCAUUCUCACGGGCAUGGCCUAUGACCGCUAUGUGGCCAUCUGUAAGCCCUUGCACUACACCGUCAUCAUGAGCAGGCAGAAGUGUAACACAAUAAUCCUAGCAUGUUGUGUUGGAGGGUUUGUACACUCUGCCAGUCAGUUUCUCCUCACCAUCUUCUUACCAUUCUGUGGUCCCAAUGAGAUCGAUCACUACUUCUGUGAUGUGUACCCUUUGCUGAAGUUGGCUUGCACUGAUACGUACAGAAUUGGUCUGCUGGUCAUUUUGAAUUCAGGCCUGAUUGCUUUGGUAUCUUUUAUGAUUUUGAUGCUGUCUUAUCUUCUGAUAUUGUACACCAUCAGUGCAUACCCUCUAGAGAGCCGUACCAAAGCUCUGUCAACCUGUAGUUCUCACAUAACAGUCGUCAUCAUAUUCUUUGUUCCUGUUCUCUUCAUUUAUAUAAGACCAAACGUAACUUUUCCAGAAGACAAAGUAUUUAGUCUUUUCUACACCAUCAUUGCCCCUAUGUUCAACCCUCUCAUCUACACACUAAGAAACAUGGAGAUGAAAAAUGCAAUAAGGAACCUGUGGCAUCAUCAUCUGUUUCUGGAAAGGAAGUAA